AUGAGUAGCAGCAGUAGUAGCAGUACUGGUAUUCUGCCAACCAGUACAAACACUUCUCCUCCUACAAACAAUAAUAAUAAUAAUAGUAAUAACACACUCGCAUCGUUAAGAAGUAAAGUAAUGUCAUCAAAAAAGAUUGCCAAAGACAAGGAAGAAGGUGAGAUUGAUUAUGUACCCAUACUUGAUCAUCCAAGAGCUCAAUUUAAUCGAUCUUUAAAGAAUUAUGAUGACAUUUAUGGUGAUAUUAUUAGAGAUGAUUCAGAACAAAAUGCACCUAUAGAUAUGGAAACUGAUGAUAGUAAUAUUUAUAAUAACAAUAAUAAUAUGAACAAUAAUAAUAAUAACUAUCACAACCAGAAUAAUAAUAAUAUGAUGAUGAAUAAUCAAUAUAAUAACAAUAAUGGUUUUAACAAUAAUAAUAAUAAUGGUCCAUUUAUUCAUCAACAGCAACAUCAACAGCAACAUCAACAGCAACAACUAUAUCAACAACAGCAGCAGCAACAACAACAACAAAUGCAAAUGAACCAAAUGGGACAAAUGAACCAGAUGAAUCAAAUGCAACAACCUCCACCACAACAUAUCCUUCAAAUGAUUCAAAUGCAACAACAACAACUGUAUCAACAACAAUUACAAAGACAACAGCAACAGCAAUUACAGUUACAACAACAACAACAACAACAUGGUCAAAUGGGUAAUAAUAUAAUGUUUCAUCAACCUCCUCCCCCUCCUCCUCCCUACUCUGAACAUCCAAAUAAUAUAAAUUAUCAACAACAACAAGGUCAAGGGGAAUCAAUGCCAAUACCAAUGAAUCAUUAUACAACGCCACCACCACCACAACCUUCUCAACCUUUUUUCCUUCAUCCAAAUAUAGUUGGAGUUGCCAACAACAACAAUAUGUUUAACGGUGGUACUAUAUCACCUUUAUCAUCAUCAUCACCAUUGAAUGAAACCAAUUCAAUGGGAGAGAUUAAUAAUUCAAAACCAACCAAGAAAAUCAAAGGGAAACAACUUGAACAACAACAACCACCACCAAAGUUGGUUCCUAAAAAACUUCAAAAGAAACCAGUUGUUACUCCAACUCUUCUUACUCCUACUACUCCUCCUCCUCCUCCUCCAACUCUAGUUUCAACUCUAUCAACUCAACCUAUUCAAGAAUUAUCAACAAGUAUUAGUACAAAUAAUGAUAAUUAUACACCAUUAAUCAUUCGAGUAGAUGAAAGUGAUUCAGAUAGAGAUGAAGAAGAAGAGUUGUCCAAUCCACAACAACAAAUCAAACAACCAGAGACUGAAUUGGAAACAUUAAAAAAGCAAAUUGGAGCAAUGGAAGAAGCCAAUCUAAGAAAAAAACUUGAACAAAGAAUGAAAAAGUCUCUAACAUCUCCAUCUGUUACCAGUUCUCCAACCAAUCAACAACAACUACAACAAACCAAACAAACACUAUUAGAUGAUUCACCAUCAACACCAGACAUUAAUACUGCCAAUGUUGAAGAUUCAAUUGAUCAAAUUAAAACGCUGACCAAACAAGUAGUUGAUAUUGUAUGUGAAAUGGGCAACAAGGAAGGAGAAUUGAUAAGAAAAGAGAUUGCCUAUACUACCCUAGAGUUGAAACGUUCUCAUGUCAAACAACAAAUUGAAUCAUUGACUCAACAACUAAGGGCAUUUGAACAAGAGGAAAAGGUACUCGAUCAACAAUACCAAGAACAUUUGGAACACCUCGAACAAAUCAAAAAGGAAACCAAAUCACUUCGAAACAAUUUCGAAAUCAAAGUUGAUGUACUCGGUAUCAGAAAGAGAAAGUUGGAUGACUUUACCAAACAAUACAUCAUUGAUCCAAGUCAACUAAGUGUUCUAGAUCAAGAUUAUUCUAUCCUUCUCACUCAACAAAAUAGAAAUGCUCUAGAACAAUUUAAAUCAAAUCAACAAAACAAAAGAUUUGAAAAAGAAAAGGAAAAGGAAAAGGAAAAGGAAAGAUCACCAACUACUACAACAACAUCGACGUCGAUGGUUAGUUUAAAUUCAACCAAUUUAAAUCCUGGUGAAGGUCAAGAAAAAGAAGAAGAACAAGGAGAGGAACAAGGUUUACAAUUUGAAAGUUAUGUUCCAGAAAGUAAUCAAAAUAGACCAAAAAAAGUUUACAAGGUUUUGGUAGCACCACAACCUAAAAAGGUCAAUGUUUUGGAUAUGGUACUUGGUGGUAGAGAUAUUACACAAUAUAUGAAUCUAUUGGCCAAAGAACACAAAAAUAUUUCAUUUAUAACCUCCUUGAGAACUGAUGAUAUUCAAGUUGGUCUACCUUUACAAUCUCCACUUCAAAUGGUUCCUCUUAAUCGUUUUGCUCUUUCAACAAAUCAUAAUAAUAAUAAUAAUAAUAAUGAUCAUAGUAAUAUUAGUAAUAUUGAUAUAUUAUCACAACCAUAUAUUUCACCAUUGACAUGUAUAAGAUCAUAUAGAUUUUCACCAAAUUUUACAAAAUUAUCUGGCAACAUGUCACUCGUUUCACCAAUGUAUUCUAGCAAGAUGGAUCCAAAGAAACGAUUUUGCAUGUAUGAAUUGGAUGGCGUUUGUCUUGACAAUUCUUGUACAUUCCAACAUUUAAGAGAUUACAAGAUGAAUACGCAAGAGAUUUUGGAAGAGAUCUUUUCCUAUUCUAAAAAUGCAUCAGAACAUAUCAUCAAGGAUCUAGUGACCAAAGUUGAAAGUGCAAUGACCGAUGCAGACAAGGAAAAGGUUUUAAAACAAGUUAUAAGAGUGGCUCAUGCCAAGGUAGAAGCAGAGUUGGACAAGAAACUAGUUACAGAUACUAGUCCAUCACGUCUUGAAUAUUUGGAAAACAGAGACAAACAAUUGUUAGAAUCGGCUCUCAAGCGACACCAAGAAUCAAAAAAACAAAAAUCAAAUCAAAAGAAAAUGGCUCAUGCUCAGAGAGAUUCUCAUCCCGUCUCAAGAGCCACUCUUGAUUGGGAUACUCAAGAAAGAACUGUAUUGGUAGAAAAGGAUGAAACUGAUGAUUUUAUUCAUCUUGAUAAAUAUUUGGAAAUUCCAGAAUCAAAAUCAAAUGAUCAAAAUAGUUUUUUAGAUCAACAACAUUCAAAAAAGAUUAUGGAAAUUAAUGAUUCAGAAGAUGAGCAAGAUGAAGAAAAGGACCAAGAUGAAAAGUUAAUAUUGUUUGAAAAUGUUAAAAAUAAUUUACCAAAAUCUUCAUUAUCAACUAUUGAAUAUCAAAAAGAUCCACUUCCAAUUCAAAAUUGUUUUUCUUAUUUAUGUUCUUCUAUUACAAAUAAUGAUAUUUUGACUUGUGAAAAUAGAGAUGAAAUAUUAGGAAAAUUAGCAGAGAUUGUAAAAAAUCAUAGUGUAUCUGAAUUAUUUUGGAAGAUUUAUUUGGAAGUUUAUUCACGUAAAUACAAUAAUAGUAGUAAAGAGAUUGAAGAAUUAAUCUCAAAGGCAAUGGUUGGAGUUAGUUCGGUCAUGUUUGCAUUGAUAAAGUUGAGAUUACCCAAUCCACUUCAUCUCAAACUUGAAUUUAUUCAAGCAACCAUAAAGACAUUGGUUGUUCACGCCAUUCCUCUUCAACCAGAAGAGAUUUCAUUUUGGUUACUCGAAUUCCUUCUCAUCUAUCAGAGAACCAUGUUAGAGGCUGGAUGGCGUGACCAACUCAUCAUUGACCUCUUUUCUUUUUUCAAUAUUCACAUUCAUCGAGACAUUUUCUUGUCACCCGACUCUAAUCGAUUCAAGCAAAGAGAUUUAUUCCUCUCUCGCUUCCAAACCACCAUUCUUGCCAAUCUACAACUACAAGAAACAAAUAUUCUCAAGAUUUCAUUCCUCUCGCUUUUGGUAUUUAAUCAAAUACCAGACACUUCACAAUUCUACCAAAAUACCACCUCCUCCACCAUGGUAGAGCCCACUCGAUCAUUUAUUCUCAAUUGGGGAAAAUACUUUUCUUCGGAAUCCUACUUUAAAAACAACAAUCCAAAGAAUUCUCAGUACAUCAAAGAGAUUAUGCAACACUUGUCAAACUCUGACACUGAAGAAUUCCAUCUCAACGUUUUACAUUUCUUCUCUUUUGACUCCUCAAUCAAAAAACAACAACUCAUCGAUCUAACAAAAGAUUUCCUUCGUCGUUAUCCAAAACAUAUUUCAAUGAAUAUAUUUUUAAUGAAUCUUGAUAAUAAUACAAUUGAAUCAAGAAUGGUUGAAAAUCCAUUAUCAUUUAGAUUAUUUAAUCUUUCAGUUGCUACAACCAUGAAACAAUUGAUUGAAAAGAAAAAGGAUGAUUAUUUCAAGGAUAUUAUUAAAAUGAUUGAUUUGUUUGUAUUCCAAUUUUUUGCUUUUGAAGAUAAUAGAAAAACAAUCAAUUCAAGUCAAUACAAAUCUUCUCAUUUAUUAUCAACUUUGGUUGGUGGUAGUUCUUAUGAAUUUGUUAGAUAUCCUUUAAAACGUAAAGAUUAUGAUCCACUUGAUUUACCAUAUAUUUGGAUUUUAUUUAGUACUUAUUACCUAAUUUCAAAAAAGGUAGACAUGAGUAUUAAAAUAUUAAAAGAAGCUUUAAUUAAAUUAAAUGAUAUUUCUUUUAAAAAAAUAAUUUGGAAAGAAUUAAUUCAAAUAUCAUUAAAUAGUUUACCAACAAAUGAAAUUGAAGAAUUAAUUGAUCAAUUCUUCCAAGAGAUGCCAAAUGAAUUUAAUUAUCCAUUUGGUCAAUUCCAAGAUACUAUUCCAUCAGAUACACCAGAAUCUUUUUCAAAUGCUUUAAAGAUUCCUUCUGUAAAGGAUUAUUCAUUACAUAAUUUUGUUUAUGAUUGUUAUUGCAAGAUUAAAAACAAUGCAAUUCCAAUUUUAAGAAAGUUUGCAACAAUGUAUCCUGAUAACCCACAUAUGUUUUCCAGAUAUGUACAAUCAAUAACACAAACAAGAAACUUUGACAAUAUUAAAUCAAUUUUGAAAUCUAUUAAACCAAAGAGAAAUAUCGCAGUAUCAACAUGGAAAUUGUCAAUCAAAGCAGCAGUUGGUUUUGGUAUUCCUCCACAACAAAUUUCCAAACUUUAUAGAAAUGCUUUAAGCUUUAACCCAUACAACUAUGAUUUAUGGAUGGAUUAUAUACAAUUUGAAAAAGCCAUACCAAACAACCAAACCCAAGUCAACCAAUGUAUCGAAAAGGCCUCGAGAUAUGGUGUAAAUAUGUGGAUCUUGAAUGAUGCUGCAAUUGCAAGUCAACGUAGCGAAAAUAAUACCAAAUAG